AGAAUAAGCCUUGCCAACAGGAUUCCGAUAUUUAACGAAUGUCUUGGCUGUAGUUAUUUUGAAAUUGAACAAAGCUGAUAACCCUCACUUAUCGCCGAGAGCCCCAUCUGUUUGCCUUAUUGACUUUUUCAUCUUUACAUGAGUUGGGCUACUACAAGCCUGAGACAAAGAAUCGGUCACUAUCUGUACGAAGAAUAGCUAUCGCCUGGUGUAUCCUCUCCGAACGGAAGUGAUGUUCCAUCGCGGGGAGGACCAGCUCGCGGAGGAUCGAUUCGGGAACCAGACGAAACCGCACAAAUUCUGUCCUAACUGCGGGACAUCUGUUUUGAUAAACUUCAAGGAGUCCCCGUGUGAGCAAGAAAGAGAAAGGAUGUUAAUUAAUGGAGAUUGUUGUUUCAGAACCCGGCUUUGCCUUGCUUGGUACGCUUCUGUUGUCAGUGAGUGUACUUAUGGAGUUCUAAUGGAGUUCCAGAUCCACACGAUUCGAGGUAUUGAAGAUGUUUUGGACGAAUUAGACUAUCGGGCCGUGGACGGGAAGAAUAGACUUGGGACCUCCGUAUUCCAUAGGAGCGGAUGUUCGACCGUCACCAUGGCCAUCAUUGGCAUUGGGAUCCAUGGUUCAUUUGCAGGGGUCAAGUUCUGAGGAGUGAAACCUUGUAGGGAAAUUGCAUCACGAGGGCGAUGGGACUCUGAAGUGUAAUUGGCAGCUUCAACCUACGAGUGAGUCGUUAGUUUGGAACAGCUCACAAU